GCAAGCCCUGAAGCCUGCUGAGCCUCUUGUCCUGAGCAGGUACUACACAUCUGAAGCAGCACGUGAAGUACCAACUAUGCUAAAUGCUGCAGAAACACCUGGCCAUGGACAACCCCUGCCUCGGAAACCUAACAGCGUGCAACCUGCCAGUGAUGAAAUAGAAAUGGUUAAUGCAUGGUUUGCUGAGAGAGUUCAUACCAUCCCCGUCUGCAAGGAGGGAACCAAGUCCCAGACUGAAAUCUGUGCUUGUCACCAGCCUGCCUGUGCUGAGACCACCAACUCUGGGACGCCAGCAAGGAAAAUCUCUGCUUCUGAAUUUGACAGACCCUUAAGGCCUAUUUUUGUCAAGGACUCAGUAGGAGCAGUGAGCUUCCUCUCUGGCUCUGAAAAGAAGGAACAGAUGCCUCUGCAAUCUCCAAGGAUUGAGACCAGUGCAGGGGAUCAGUGCUCAAGACUAUUAGAACUUGUGAAAGACAUUUCUAGUCACUUAGAUGUCACAGCGCUUUGCCAUAAAAUUUUCCUACAUAUCCAUGAGCUUAUAGCAGCUGAUCGCUAUUCCCUGUUCUUGGUCUGUGAGGAUAGCUCUAAUGAGAAGUUUCUUGUAAGCAGGCUGUUUGAUGUGGCAGAAGGCUCCACCCUGGAAGAAGCUUCCAACAACUGCAUUCGCCUGGAGUGGAACAAGGGCAUUGUGGGUCAUGUAGCAGCUAUAGGCCAGCCUCUGAAUAUCAAGAAUGCCUAUGAGGAUCCAAGAUUCAAUGCAGAAGUUGACCAGAUCACAGGGUAUAAGACUCAGAGUAUUCUCUGUAUGCCGAUAAAGAACCAUAGGGAAGAGGUUGUUGGUGUGGCUCAAGCAAUCAAUAAGAAAUCUGGAAUUGGUGGCACUUUCACUGAACAAGAUGAAAAGGAUUUUGCCGCGUAUUUGGCAUUUUGUGGAAUUGUUCUUCACAACGCUCAACUGUAUGAGACAUCUUUGCUUGAGAACAGGCGUAAUCAGGUGCUUCUUGAUCUCGCCAGCCUGAUUUUUGAAGAGCAGCAGUCUUUGGAAGUAAUUCUGAAGAAGAUAGCUGCCACUAUAAUAUCCUUCAUGCAAGUGCAGAGAUGUACCAUCUUCAUAGUGGAUGAAGAUUGUACUGAUUCAUUUUCUAGUGUGUUUCACAUGGAAUCUGAGGAAUUAGAAGACUCAGCUGAAAAUCUGAAGAGGGACUAUGAUACAAACAAAAUCAAUUAUAUGUAUGCUCAGUAUGUCAAGAAUACGAUGGAGCCUCUCAACAUCCCAGAUGUCUGCAAAGACAGAAGAUUUCCCUGGACAAAUGACAAUGCAGAAAAUGUAAGUCAACACAUAAAGAGUUUGCUGUGUACACCAAUAAAAAAUGGGAAAAAGAAUAAAGUGAUAGGGGUUUGCCAGCUUGUGAAUAAGAUGGAAGAAAACUCGGGCAAAAUCAAGGCUUUCAACAGAAAUGAUGAACAGUUCCUGGAAGCAUUUGUCAUCUUUUGUGGCUUGGGGAUCCAGAAUACACAGAUGUACGAAGCUGUAGAAAGAGCCAUGGCCAAACAGAUGGUGACAUUAGAGGUUCUCUCAUACCAUGCUUCUGCUGCUGAGGAGGAAACGAGGGAGCUGCAGGUAACAGCGGCUGCUGUAGUACCAUCUGCACAAUCUCUCAACCUAACUGACUUCAACUUCAGUGAUUUUGAGCUAUCAGAUUUUGAAACAACACUGUGCACAAUUCGAAUGUUCACAGACCUCAACCUGGUGCAAAAUUUCCAAAUGAAACAUGAGGUUCUCUGCAGAUGGAUUUUAAGUGUAAAGAAAAAUUAUCGGAAAAAUGUUGCUUAUCACAAUUGGAGACAUGCCUUUAAUACAGCGCAGUGCAUGUUUGCUGCUUUAAAAUCUGGUAAAAUUCAGAGCAAACUGACUGACUUAGAAACACUGGCUUUGCUGAUAGCAACUCUAAGCCAUGAUUUGGAUCACAGGGGAGUGAACAACUCUUACAUACAAAGAAGCGAACAUCCACUGGCUCAACUGUAUUGCCACUCAAUCAUGGAGCAUCAUCAUUUUGAUCAAUGCCUUAUGAUCCUGAAUAGUCCAGGAAAUCAGAUUCUCAGCAGCCUUUCCAUUGAAGAAUACAAGGCCACACUGAAAAUGAUAAAACAAGCCAUUCUUGCCACAGACCUAGCACUAUACAUAAAGAGGAGAGGAGAAUUUUUUGAACUUCUACGGAAGAAGCAAUUUAACUGGGAAGAUCCUACACAGAAGGAGCUAUUUUUAGCAAUGCUGAUGACUGCUUGUGAUUUAUCAGCCAUAACCAAACCAUGGCCAGUUCAGCAACGGAUUGCUGAGCUUGUAGCUACUGAGUUCUUUGAUCAAGGAGAUAAAGAACGGAAGGAACUCAACAUAGAACCAACAGAUCUAAUGAACAGAGAGAAGAAAAAUAAAAUUCCCAGCAUGCAGGUUGGAUUCAUAGAUGCUGUUUGUUUGCAGCUGUAUGAGGCCCUAACGCAUGUGUCAGAGGCCUGCUACCCUUUACUGGAUGGCUGUAGAAAAAAUAGGCAGAAAUGGCAAUCCUUAGCUGAACAACAAGAGAAGAAUCUGAUUAAUGGAGAAAGCAAUCAAGCCAAACGGAACUGAGAUGCUGAUUUAACACCACAAGCUUAAGUUCACAUAGAAGACAUAGUAAUAGGGGAGUACUGCAUUUUGCUAAACACUAUGAAUUUGGCUUAUGUUUUGCCACUGCUGUAUUGUUUUUCCACAUUUCAAGAUAUAGCAUGACCAUGUAUAUGCCAAGGUUAUAUAAAGAUAGUAUGUUUCUUUUAUUACAUCUGAUGGAGAUGGAAAAAGAUCUGCAAGGGUAGUUUUUGCUACCCUGUUCCACAAGAAGAUACAAGUGCAGUUACUCGACUGUCCCUGAGAGCCUAUUACUUUAUAGAUGUAUAUAGUUGUUUAGUGAUCAUGUUGUGGCCAGUAUCUUAAAGACUACUGCGUUUCGCACCUUUUUUCCUCUUACAAUCUUGCUGUGUUAUGUUAUAAAAGUCAUGAGCAGUCUUGCCUGUUCUCUUCCCAGAGGUUCAGAGGAAAGAUAUGGACUAACUCUGGGGAGCCUAAUCCAGCAUAUACUAUGCUAACCUCUUUCAGGAGACGGAAUGGGGCUUCGAAGUGAAAAAGCCCCAGAAUCUGUGCACCCAGUAGUUUUUUCCAUAUUAGAAGAAUGUCUUAGCAAACGUCUUACAUUUGGAGAAAUGUUUAAAAACCCUGUGAAUUACUAGGCAAUGGGGGUCUUAGGAGUUUUGUGGUAGAAGUGUCAUAAUUAUCCAUGAAUAAUGGAAACUGCUUGAAGAUUGAUGAAAUGUCACAAGAUAACUGACAGGCUGCCAUGGAAGAAUGGCUCCCAUAGAAAGCUGCAAGAAGCACACAGAGAAAU